AUGAGGUUAUUAUCUUCUUCCUCUUCUUCUUCUUCUGCGGGCUAUAAUCCUCAGCCUGAGGAAGGUGAGAAGAAAUGCUUGAAUUCAGAGCUGUGGCACGCGUGCGCAGGCCCUCUGGUGUCCCUUCCACAAGUCGGGAGCCGUGUUGUGUAUUUCCCCCAGGGACACAGCGAGCAGGUUACUGCCUCAACCAACAGGGAAGCAGAUGCCACUAUCCCCAACUAUCCUGGCUUAUCACCACAACUUAUAUGCCAGCUUCACAAUGUGACUAUGCAUGCAGAUAUUGAAACGGAUGAAGUAUAUGCACAAAUGACUUUGCAACCACUUAAUCCUGAUGAGCAAAAGGACUUGUGCCUGCUUCCAGCAGAACUUGGCACCCCGAGUAAACAGCCCACCAAUUAUUUCUGUAAAACAUUGACUGCAAGUGACACCAGCACUCAUGGAGGAUUCUCUGUCCCUCGCCGAGCAGCUGAGAAAGUCUUUCCUUCUCUUGAUUAUUCACAAACACCUCCUUGUCAAGAGUUGAUUGCGAAGGAUCUCCAUGGAAAUGAGUGGAAGUUCAGGCAUAUUUUUCGAGGACAGCCAAAGAGGCAUCUCCUUACGACAGGGUGGAGUGUGUUCGUCAGUGCAAAGCGACUUGUUGCUGGAGACUCAGUGAUUUUCAUCUGGAAUGAAAAUAAUCAGUUGUUUUUGGGAAUUCGGCGUGCUAAUCGUCCACAAACUGUCAUGCCAUCGUCGGUUUUAUCAAGCGAUAGCAUGCACAUAGGUCUUCUUGCUGCAGCAGCUCAUGCAGCAGCUACGAAUAGUCGUUUCACCGUCUUCUACAAUCCAAGGGCUAGUCCAUCAGAGUUUGUAAUACCUCUUGCAAAAUAUGCUAAAGCUGUGUAUCAUACGCGAGUUUCUGUGGGUAUGCGCUUUCGGAUGCUUUUUGAAACAGAAGAGUCAAGUGUCCGUAGGUACAUGGGCACAAUUACUGGUAUUGGUGACUUGGAUCCUGUUCGAUGGCCAAACUCACAUUGGCGCUCAGUGAAGGUUGGUUGGGAUGAAUCAACUGCAGGGGAGAGGCAACCCCGAGUUUCCCUGUGGGAAAUUGAACCACUAACAACCUUUCCCAUGUAUCCAUCGCCAUUCUCCCUCAGACUGAAGCGACCGUGGCCAUCUGGAUUGCCCCCCUUCCCUGGUUUUAAAGAGAGCGGUAAUAUGGACAUGAAUUCCCCACUUACAUGGCUUCGUGGUGGUAUUGGAGAUCAGGGCUUAAAUGCACUGAAUUUCCAGGCAUUUGGUGUAAACCCCUGGAUGCAACCAAGUCUUAGUGCUUCUAUGCUUGGUUUACAACCUAAUGUUUACCAGUCAAUGGCUGCACUCCAGGAAACAGGUUCAUUAGAUCCUUCCAAAAUUGCCAAUCAGUCCCUCCUGCAGUUUCAGCAUAAUGUUCCCAAUGGUUCUGUUGCACUUGUACAAAAUCAAAUGUUGCAACAGUCCCACCCUCAACAAAAUUUCCUCCAGCGCGAUCCGGAAAACAAAAUAAUAUCACAGGGUCAGAUUCUGCAGCAGCAAUUGCAGCGGCAUCAGACAUUUAAUGAUCAGCAACAGCAUCAAAUUCAGCAAUCCCAGCAACUAAAUCAACAAUACCAAGAUCAACAACAAAUUAACAAAACCAUCUCCACUGGCUCACAGAUAGCAGCCACUCAAUCCCAGUUCAUGCCUUUGCAGGCUGUGCCAUCUAUAUGCCAGCAACAGAAUUUCUCUGACUUCAUUGAGAACCAUAUAUCUGCAUCUAAUAAUGCAAGUCUUCUAAGUUCAUUUUCCCCUGAAGGAUCAUCCCACCUAGUGAACAUGCAUGGACCCGGCCCUCUGGUCUCUCCUUCCUCAUCAUCAAAACGAGUUGCGUUAGAACCUCAACUUCCUUCCAGAGUUUCACAGUUUGUAGUGGCCCGGACAGAAGAAUUCUUGAUGCCUAAUUCUAAAGUACCUGAGGUUUCCACUUUGUUGCCACCAUUUCCUGGCAGAGAAUUUUCUGAGUUUCAAGGUGUGACAGAUUCCCAUAACAAUAUGUUGUUUGGAGUUAAUACGGACUCGUCUCUUAUGCUACAGAAUGGGAUGUCAAACCUUAAAAAUAAUAGCAGCGAGAAUGAAUCAUUUUCUAUGCCAUAUGCAACAUCUACUUUCACUAGUGCCACGGGCACCAAUUUUCCACUUAGCUCAGACAUGACUGCUUCAAGUUGUGUAGAUGAAUCGGGUUUCUUGCAGUCCUCGGAAAAUGUGGACCAAAGUAAUCCACCCAACCGAACCUUUGUAAAGGUUCACAAGUCAGGGUCCUUCGGACGGUCACUCGAUAUCUCCAAAUUUAGCAGCUAUCAAGAGCUGCGAAGUGAGCUUGCUCGCAUGUUUGGCCUUGAAGGCCUACUGGAGGACCCUCAGAGAUCAGGCUGGCAGCUUGUAAUUGUUGACCGAGAGAAAGAUGUUCUCCUCCUCGGUGAUGACCCUUGGCAGGACUUUGUAAACAGCGUCUGGUAUAUCAAGAUCCUAUCACCUACUGAAGUGCAACAGAUGGGAAAAGAGGGACUUGACCUUCCAAAUUCUGCUCAAAUGCACAGGCUUUACAGCAGUGGUAAUAGCUGUGAUGAUUAUGUGAGUAGUAAGGACACCAAAAGUAACUUAAAUGGGAUACCGUCCGCGGGGUCACUCGACUACUGA